GAUAGUACCUCCGUGUGCAAAGUAGUUUUUGUUGUUGUGGUUAGUUCCUGCCAUUGAUGGUGUUUGUUUUUCCGACUUGGAUGACGGCUGAUCUCUAACUUUUCAGGUCAAGCUCUGAUCUGGUGCAAAUUUCACCGAACAGACCAGCGCAUCCAUCAAAGAAACAGGAUGUGUGAACAGUUGGUUUUCCCCCGUAAGUCCUUCCUGCUGCUUUAUAUUUUGGGUAUGACCUUGGUGACAACCGCCUUCCCUCAGCAUCGACUACCUCUCAGAAGAAUGGAUGAAUCAGAGGAGUCCAAACAACAUGACUGGGAUGUUCUCUUCCCUUCCAUCGCCCUCCGUGAUUGGAGCGUUCAAAUGAUGUCGGCGCCCAGCCUCAGAUCAGCAGCCGACAGCAAGGCAGGACUGAUGACGAAGGCAUGGCUCUUUGCUCCUGGGAGGGCAGAGGCAGGGAUGGCAAAGGCGUGGCCUUCCGAGUGGUCGUCUCAGGGAGUCGGGAUGGUGAAGAGGAACAUGGUGGUCGCUGAUGACACAGCCUUCAGAGAGAAGAGCAAGCUCCUCACCUCAAUGGAGCGACAGAAGUGGCUCAACUCCUACAUGCAGAAACUACUGGUGGUUAAUUCUUCAGGAUGA